AUGGGUUCUACGCUGGAACUGGUUGAGAUUCGUUCCAUCAUGGAUUCUCAUCAGUCCGUGCUUACAGAUCUGGCUGCUCAACUCGCAGCAUUGAACGCUCGUUUUUCCCCUCUCGAUGAUUCUCGUCCCCACGCUGCCGGCGAUACUAUGCCGUUCACUGGCUCGUCGUCCUCUACGGCUCAACGUCAUAAGCCUGCACGUAUAGAUUUUGUUCGAUUCUUUGGUGAGGAUCCGGAUGAUUGGCUUUUCCAGGCAGAACGUUAUUUUGAUUUCUAUGGUAUUAUGGAGGAGGAACGUCUGUCUAUUGCUUCCUUUUACUUGGACGGUCGCCUCUCUAAGCUGAUGCAGACCUCGACAGUGGAGGACUAUCGUCGUCGUUUUGAAGCGGUGGCCACUGAAUCUAUGGCCUUACCAGAGCAGUUCACGGUACGUUGUUUUACUUCUAGGCUUCGUGAGGAUAUUCAAUCUUCCGUUUUGGCCAAGAAGCCUAAAACUUUGGAUAAAGCUAUUCGGGUGGCCCAAUUACAGGAGAGGCGUAUUAAUUUUGAAAAAGGCCAAUUCAAACAGCCUUUAACCGGAGCCCAAUCCAACCAGCCUUGGCCCGUACACAGCCCUUGUUGCCUACCCCAUCUGCUCCAACGUACUCUACAAUCCCUAACCCACGCCCAACAUCUAUGGCUCUUCCAGUACCCAAAUCACAAACGUUGCAUUCUCGUUAAACGUCUCACUCCUGCCGAACUUCAGGGUCGUCGGGAAAAAAGACUCUGUUAUUAUUGUGAUGAGAGGUACUCUGCUUCUCAUAAGUGUAAAAAUCUUCCCCAGCUCCUUUUGUUAACUGAAGAGCACGACACUACCACUCAGUUACCGGAGUUGCAACUUUCUGACGAAGCUUUAGCAGAAGAACUUCAAUGCCUUGAGGUGCAAGAGCACUCUUCUAUUUCCUUCCAUGCUCUAGCUGGUGGUCAUGCUCCGAAUACUCUUAGGUUUGCCGGCCAUGUGAAUGGUUCUCCGGUUCAGGUCCUCGUCGAUGGCGGUAGUACAGAAAAUUUCAUUCAAACUAGGAUCGCGACUUUCCUACAAUUGACCAUUGAAUCGAUUCCGAGUUUUUAUGUCAUGGUGGGUAGUGGACAACGCUUACGCUGUGAUGCGAUUGUUCGGCAAAUCCCCCUCACUAUCCAAGGCUGUGAGCUCGUUUUGGAUUUCUAUGUGUUAGCCCUACAUGGUGCUGAUUUUGUUCUGGGGGUGUCAUGGUGGGCCACUUUGGGCCCGGUUCUCACUGAUUAUGCCAUGCAUGUCCUUGAGUUCUCUCACAAUGGCAACACCAUGAGAUGGCAAGGUGAACCACCAACUAUGCUCCAACCAGUGCAAUUGCACAGUUUGCGUCGUUUAGCUUCAACAGAUGCCAUCUCUUCAUUUUUUCGGUUGGAACUAGUUCAAGAAGAACAAGUGGUUUCUGAGUUUGUGCCUACGGGAAACAAGUUAUGGAACAACUGGUUUAAAAAAUGCUCAAAGAAGGAUGGUACCUGGCGUUUUUGUGUGGAUUAUCGUGCACUCAAUGCUAUCACUGUGCGCGGCCGUUUCCCAAUUCCUACAAUCGACGAACUAUUUGAUGAACUACAUGGAGCUCAAUUCUUCUCUAAACUGGAUUUGUUAUCAGGGUAUCAUCAAAUUCGGGUACGAGUCGAGGACAUUGAAAAGACAGCAUUUAGAACCCAUGACGGUCACUUUGAAUUUUUGGUUAUGCCAUUCGGGUUGUCUAAUGCACCAUCCACUUUUCAAGCUACUAUGAAUUCUGUUUUUCGUCCCUACUUGCGCCGUUUUGUGUUGGUCUUCUUUGACGAUAUUCUCGUCUACAGUCCAACUUGGGCGGGUCAUCUGGAACAUCUUAGUUUAGUGUUGAAACUGUUACGCCAACACAGUUUAGUGGCGAAGCGGAGCAAGUGUUCGUUUGGGCAGACAACUGUUGAUUACCUUGGACGUGUACUAUCUGUUCAAGGAUUGGCUGUGGAUCCUAGCAAAAUUGCCAUUAUACAGCAAUGGCCAGCCCCACGAAAUAUCAAGGAGGUCCGGAGUUUUUUGGGACUCACUGGGUAUUAUAGGCGUUUUAUCCAUCAUUACGCUUCUAUUGCUGCUCCUUUAACUGACUUACUGUGUCAUGGUGCUUUUCUGUGGACUGAACGCGCACAAAAGGCCUUUGAAACCUUGAAAGCAUGCUUGAGCUCUACCCCUGUCCUUGCUUUGUCCGAUUUUAGUCAUGAGUUUCAAGUGGAAACAGAUGCAUCAGGAGUUGGGAUUGGUGUUGUACUGUCUCAGAAGGGGCAUCCUGUGGCAUUCUUCAGUCAAAAAUUAAGCCCCCGAAUGCAAGGAGCUUCCACCUAUCACCGUGAAAUGUUUGCCAUUACACAAGCUGUUAGUAAAUGGCGUCAAUACUUGCUUGGCAGAAGAUUCACAAUACUUACAGACCAACAAGCUCUCCGUAACCUUACCACGCAAAUCAUCCAAACCCCGGAACAACAGAAGUGGUUGUGUAAGUUAGUCGGAUAUGAUUUUCGCAUCCUAUAUCGCCCUGGGAAACAGAAUUUAGCAGCUGAUGCUCUCUCACGAGCCCCCGAUGCUACUUAUUUGGCCAUUACUGUGCAAAUACCUGCUCUUGUUGAAGAAUUGAGGGAACUCAACAAGAACCACCCGGAGUUGCUUGACAUUCAGACAUCUAUUAUGCAACAACUAGACUCUGUCAUUGACUUCUCCUUUAGAGAAGGUCUUUUAUUUUAUAAAGGACGCUUGGUAAUUCCUACUGAUUCCCCUCUUAGACAACAACUUUUACAGGAAUUCCAUGCUACUUCCAUUGGGGGACAUGCUGGUAUAGCUCGUACGCUGCACCGCAUGGCCUCAAAUUUUUAUUGGAAAAAUAUGAGGAGGGAUGUGCAUUCGUUUGUCUCAACUUGUUAA